AUGCAUCUCACCCCAGCUCUCGUUGCUGCCACCUGCGCAGUCGAAGUUUGUGCCGGUGUCUUGCCCCGAUCUUCCAGUACCCCGACGACAUUUGGGUCGGGCACCCUGUCCUUGAAGCAGGUGCGCAACCCAAACUUCGUCCGAAAUGGGCCGGUCCAGCUCGCCCGAAUCUACCACAAGUACGGCGUUCCUCUGCCGCAUGAUCUCAGAGAAGCAGUGGCCCGCUUCCGAGCCGAGAUACGCAAGCGAUCGAACGGCAGCACCGAGACGAAUCCCGAGACAAACGAUGUCGAGUACCUGACACCGGUUUCCAUCGGCACUCCUCCGCAAGUUCUCAACCUCGAUUUCGACACGGGAUCCAGUGACCUCUGGGUGUUUAGCUCAGAGACCAGGUCCAGCGAUGUGCAGGGGCAGACCAUAUACGACCCGAACGAGAGUUCCACGGCCCAGAAGCUGCAGGGCUACUCAUGGCAGAUCUCCUACGGAGACGGCAGCUCCUCGAGUGGCGAUGUGUACACCGAUGCAGUCACCGUCGGUGGGUUGACAGUUCCGUCCCAGGCCGUCGAGGUUGCGAGGAGGGUAUCAGAUGAGUUCACUUCGGACCCCAAUAACGACGGCCUCCUUGGCCUUGGCUUCAGUUCCAUCAAUACUGUCCAGCCCGUGCCACAAAAGACGUUCUUCGAUAAUGCUAAGGCCGACCUCGACGCCCCUAUCUUUACAGCUGACCUCAAAGCCAGUGCUCCCGGGUUCUUCAACUUUGGUUACAUUGACCACGGUGCCUACACCGGCGAAAUCACAUACAUGCCCGUAGACAGCAGCGACGGGUUCUGGGCGUGGACGUCGCCGGGAUACGCGGUUGGUUCCGGAAGCUUCAAGAGGACCACGAUUCAAGGCAUUGCGGAUACGGGUACGUCCCUGUUCCUUCUGCCCAGUUCUGUGGUCUCGGCCUACUACGGCCAAAUCAGCGGCGCAAAGUACGACAGCAUUCAAGGUGGCUACACCCUGCCCUGCAGCGGGUCAGUCCCAGACUUCGCCUUCGGGAUCGGCGACAGCAACACCACGAUUAGCGUGCCCGGCGAUUACGUGAGAUACGCGGCAACCGACUCGAGCGGCAUUAUAUGUUUUGGUGGGAUCCAGGCGAAUACGGGGAUCGGGUUCUCCAUAUUUGGAGACGUUGCUCUCAAGGCUGCCUUUGUCGUCUUUGACGGCGCCAAGCAGCAGCUGGGUUGGGCCUCCAAGCCCUUGCCGUCCUAA